AUGUCCAGUGCAGGCCAAGUAGACGCCUACCUAUCCCCCAAGCUCCUCCACCCCUCUUUCGGCGCCCACCCCGCUCUCCCAUCUUUCCAAACCAAAGCCCGCGCCGCCCGCCUCCCGCCCAUCUCCGUCUCUCCCCUCCAAGGCCAGUUCUUGAGCAUCCUCGCCUUGUCCAUCGGCGCCGAGAGGAUCUUGGAGCUCGGGACGCUUGCGGGGCAUAGUACGGCUUUGCUUAGCAAAGCGCUGCCGAAGCAUGGGCAGAUUGAUACCCUUGAAGUCAACCCGCGGCACGCUGCUGUGGCACAGCGAAAUUUUGAGGAUGCGGGCUUGGCGCCGUUCCCCACCAUCCAUAUCGGGCCCGCUCUGGAGACUUUGCGAAACAUGGAUAAGCCAGAAGGGGGAGCGUAUGAUUUGAUGUUUAUCGAUGCGGAUAAGGAAGGGACGGUAGAGUACGUCAAGGAGGGGUUGAGGUUGUUGAGGAAGGGAGGGGUGAUUGUUGUAGAUAACGCUGUGCUGCAUGGGACGAUUGCCCUAAGCAGGAAGGAAGAGCCAUCCUCAAUCGUAGAAGGUAUGCGCAGGCUCUACGACUGGAUCGAGGAAGAUGCAGGCAAGACGGUACUGGCGAAUGUGACGCAGACCGUUGGCGCAAGGUCUUGGGAGUGA